CCCGAAGCCCGAGGAAAAAAAAAAAAGCUCCCACGCUCAUGACCAUGUCGAUGGAGACAUAGAUAUCUUAUCCUGGAUCUCCCAAUCUCUCUUCUCACUCCUCUCAUCCAUUGAUGUCUUCAACUUCGAUUGUAAUAGGGGAAUAAUCGCGGAGACAAGUAAUCGGAUCGUGGUUUGCGAGAUCUGAGGCAAAAGCAAUGGCUAGGAUCACUGGUUUGACAUUAGCGUUCUCCGUCUUCCUGGGGUUAUUGUGCUAUGGCGAAGCCGGAAUCACGAGUACCUUUGUCCGGUCAGAGUGGCCAUCCGUUGAUAUUCCGCUCAGUCACGAAGUGUUCAAAGUUCCCAAGGGCUACAAUGCACCACAACAGGUGCAUAUUACUCAAGGGGAUUAUGAUGGGAAGGCUGUCAUCGUUUCAUGGGUGACACCAGAUGAACCUGGUUCUAGCAAAGUGCAGUAUGGCACGGUGCAGGGGCAAUAUGAUUUUACGGCUGAGGGGACGUACACAAACUAUACAUUUUACAAGUACAAGUCAGGGUAUAUCCAUCAGUGCCUUGUUGCUGGACUUGAGUAUGACACCAAAUACUAUUACAAGAUCAGGAGUGGUGAUUCUGCGCGGGAGUUUUGGUUUGUAACACCGCCAAAAGUAGAUCCAUUUGCUUCAUACAAGUUUGGGAUCAUAGGCGAUUUGGGCCAAACAUUCAACUCUUUAUCAACACUGGAGCAUUACUUGCAAAGUGGAGCUCAAACUGUCUUAUUUGUCGGAGAUCUUUCUUAUGCCGACAGAUAUCAGUAUAAUGAUGUUGGAGUGAGAUGGGACAGCUGGGGUCGUUUUGUAGAGCGUAGUACUGCAUACCAACCGUGGAUCUGGUCUACAGGAAAUCACGAGAUAGAUUACAUGCCUUACAUGGGGGAAGUGACACCAUUUAAAAAUUUCCUUCACCGUUUUCCGACACCCUACUUAGCCUCGAAAAGUAGCAAUCCCCUCUGGUAUGCCAUCAGACGUGCUUCUGCUCAUAUCAUCGUGCUCUCCAGCUAUUCUCCAUUCGUGAAGUACACCCCACAAUGGGAAUGGCUGAGGGAAGAGCUUAAAAGGGUUGACAGAGAGAAGACUCCUUGGCUCAUAGUUCUUAUGCACAUCCCGUUGUACAACAGCAACGAAGCACAUUUCAUGGAGGGUGAAAGCAUGAGAGCAGUCUUCGAGGAGUGGUUCGUCAAACAUAAAGUUGAUAUAAUCUUUGCUGGCCAUGUUCAUGCCUACGAGAGAUCGUACCGGAUUUCCAAUGUACGCUAUAACGUAUCGAGUGGAGAUCGAUUCCCGGUUCCAGACAAGUCAGCUCCUGUUUAUAUCACUGUUGGAGAUGGAGGAAACCAAGAAGGUCUAGCUGGAAGGUUUAGAGACCCACAGCCAGAUUACUCGGCGUUCCGAGAAGCUAGCUAUGGGCAUUCCACUCUGGAAAUCAAAAACCGAACUCAUGCCAUCUACCACUGGAACCGCAACGAUGACGGGAAGAAAGUACCGACAGAUGAAUUUGUAUUACACAACCAGUACUGGGGAAGGAACACACGGCGAAGGAAGCUGAAGAAGAACGUUAUCAAGAGCGUCGUGGUUGAUUGGAUUGCGAACUGAGGACAGCAGUGUUCGGUUUUAAGUCUGAACCAUCAAUGGGCUGCUAUCCAAAUGUAUAGAGAUGGAGAUUUGCAGUAAUGUUACAAAAUUUCAAAAAAAAAAAGUGUGGACUAUUAUCUGUGUAAUAUGAUGAUUAUAUGAUACGGAGACUUUGGUGUUUGUUACAUGUGUCUUAUAUUUUGGAAUUUAGGGUUUUGUUGUUUGAAUAAGGAUGGGGCCUUGGGGUUUUUUA